AUGCCCCCAAAGGAAAAUGAGGAUUACGUUCCACCGAAGGACAAGGCGGAUGUUCUUGCCGAGGAGUAUGAAAACGCCCACCAUGAUCGUUCAGGGAGUGACAAGAAUGCCCCGAGCCAUUCGCUGAAGCCAAAGUCGGUGCGUUGA